CAAAUGUCAAACAUACAGUCUCUCAUGGUUCAUGACUUCAUUGUCAAUCUCCGCUCUUAACAUUUGUUACACUUAGGACUGAAACAGCUGAUUCGACCAGGACUCGAACCUUUAUCCGGUGGUCUAAGGUAAAUUCCAUCACAAAAACAAUAAAAAUGGUUAGUCUGAGGAAUAAACUAGUGCCAAUGAUAAAAACUGCAACCUAGAGAGGAGAACAAGGGAUCAAAGGGAAAUCAGAAAUGGAUUCAUUUGAGCAAGAAAAUGGAGGCGAAUCAGUUGUGAUAGUUGGCGGUGGGAUUGGCGGACUUGCCACAGCGCUUGCUCUUCACAGGUCCAUCUUUUUUUUUUUCUUUUUUUUCUUUUUUUGCUUUUGAUAUCAUAACGACUUCAACACUUUCACAAAAUCCGAAAACAAAUUGUAGUAGAAAUGUUGUUUAUACAAUGCAGGAAAGGAUUCGAAAAUGUGACGAUUUAUGAAAGAUCAAACAGCUUGCGAACAGAGGGAACAGGGUUAGGGAUAUAUGCUAAUGGCUGGCGCGCACUUGAUCAGCUUGGUGUUGGAUCUGUACUCAAAGACAAACUAUUCUAAUCAAAGGGUAUGGAACGAAAUUUAUUUCAGUGGUUGUCACAAUUUAUACAUUGUCGCCGUCCCAAAAGAAGAGACAUGUUCGUUGAACUAGAACAGUACUGCAAACAUGAAAUUAUUAAGGAACUAUGGGGAGUACUUUGUUACUUUAGUUUGCUCCUGUCUAUAAUCCAUCUCUUUUUUUUUCGCAAUUUUGGUCAUGGCAGAAGACAGGUAGUGUUGUUUGAUGAAGACAAGGUCCAGAACAUGCCAUUUCCGUAAGAUCAGAUUUUUCAUACUUGAUCAUGCAUGUGGGAAUUACGGACCAAAAUGUUUGUAUUAUAAUAUCUUGUGCAUUUAUUUUAUUUUUUUUUUUUGAUAGGGCUGAUGAAGCUCGUUGCGUGAAAAGAAGGGAUUUGAUAAACGCUCUUGUCAAUGCUCUGCCACCGAAUACCAUACGAUUUGGACACAAUCUUGUUGAUGUCGAAAUGGAUCCUCGAACUGGAUCCCCUGUUCUUCAAUUUCAAGACGGCAACUCUGUUCGAGCUAAGGCUGUGAUUGGAUGCGAUGGAUCAAAUUCAAUAGUGGCAAAUUUCCUUGGACUGAAACCUCCAACAUUGUAUAGUGGAGGUGCAAUUAGAGGCUUGACGUAUUAUCCAAAGGGUCAUUCGUUUCCUCCGCUGUUUCGAGCAGUGAAGAGAACUAAGGGAGAUUCCAUCACUGUGUCACGUAUUCCAAUUGAUACACAGUUUGUGUAUUGGUUUGUGGCAGUACCAUUAUCUCAGAUUGAUGGGAAAUUUCCAGAGGAUCGAGAACUCAGCAAACAAGCAACCCUGAAGAUAAUCAAAGAUUAUCCGAAUGAGGAGGUAGAAAUGGUUGACAAAAGCGAGUUAAAAUUAUUGUCGUUCACGCGUUUGAGAUACUGUCAUCCAUGGGAGAUACUAACAAGCAAUUUCCACAAAGGAUCCGUGACGGUUCUUGGGGAUGCGAUGCAUGUUAUGUGUCCAUUCACAGGGCAGGGCGGCUCGGCAGCCUUAGAAGAUGCAUUGGUUCUUGCGAGGAAUUUGUCACAAAAAGUUGAUAUCUUGAAUCACUCUAAAGGAGGAAGAGUUAUCAUCAGUGAGAAAGAAAUUGAGAAAGCAUUUGAUCAAUAUGUGAAGGAGAGGAGGAUGAGGAUUGUUAGACUGACAACACAAACUUACCUAAUUGAUGUGUUGUUGGGAAGAAGAUCAUCUCUGACCAAAUUCAUUGCCGUACUAAUGCUUCUUACCUUGUUCCGAGAUCCGACUCGUCAUACCAAAUAUGAUUGCGGAAAAUUGUAAAAUGUAAAAGACACGCAGCAUUCAUUAUGUUCAUUUUGAUAUGCUAUUGAUGUAAACAUUUCGGUUCAACGAAAUGAACUGGUAGUAUUUUUCUUUUGAUUGAUUGAACAUUUAAGAAAGAAUUCAGACGAUUGGUUUGAUUGUACUCCCUCCA